CCCACCUUGGAAAAAUACAGAAAGUUUUUAUUAUAUUAAACCUGGAAAAUGGCGGACUUUAAUAAAAUUUCUUGUAAUUGACAUAAUAUUAUCUUGCCUGAAUAUUCCACUUUCUUAUCCGUAUUUAGAAGAACAAAUAACUUCAUGCGAUAUUGAAACUUUAAAAUCAUUGGAAUAUAAUUGGUGUACUCUCCGUACAAAACUUGUUAUAUUAGCAUGGUUAUCUAUAUUUAUUUGGUUUAUGUAUAUUAGAGGAUUAUACUUAACACAGUUAAAAGGUCGUAAAGAGAUGAAACAUCAAAGCAAAAUAGAAAUCGAGGAGUCUAAAGAUUUAAUUAGUAAAAAUGAGAAUGGAAUUGAAAUAGUAACAACCAAAUAA